CGGGUCACCAUCAACAUCCUUAGUACGGAGUAACUUCAUUAAACAAAACCGGCGAAUUUUCAUUCGAACGGACCAGCUGAGCAAAAUGGAAACUGUGGGAGCGCCUGACCCUUCCGCCGGCAACGAUGACGUUCCGCAGCUGAGCUCUCAUGCUCUCGAAGCUCUCAAGGAGUUCUUUGCUGAGCAGAACCGAAUAUCCGCAGCAGAGGCUUCUUCAGUUGAGCAGCCGGAGCAGGAAGUGGCCUUGGUGUCGGAGGAUUGGCGGCUCAGCCAGUUCUGGUACGACUCGGGAACCGCGGGGACAGUGGCAAAAGAAAUUUUCACGCUUUGCGAGACACUCGAGUCCCCAUCCGUUGCUUGCAUUUCGUGCCCAACCCUAUUCGCCUACCUUAAGAAAAGUUAUCCUAAUGUCCAAGCACAGCUCCUUGAGUAUGACCAAAGGUUCAGUUCAUAUGGAUCUGAGUUCACAUUCUAUGACUACAACACACCAGAAGAUCUUGCUUCCUCAUUGAAACAUUCAUAUUCCGUCAUUGUUGCUGACCCUCCAUACCUGAGUAUGGAGUGCUUGGAGAAAGUCAGCAAAACUAUAUCUUUUCUUCUGAGAUCGGGACCAUCAUAUGUACUUCUACUCACUGGUGAAGUGCAAAAGGACAGGGCUGCACAGCUAUUGAAUUUGCGUCCCUGCAGGUUUAGGCCUCAACACAGCAGCAAACUUGGCAACGAGUUUAGGUUGUUCACCAACUAUGACCCAGGGGUGCGGCUUGGUGGCUGGGAAGAUGAAUGAAAAGCAUCAUUACCCUUGCCAUGGAGCUUUGAGGCCAAAUUAGAUUGUAAAGUAAUUUUUUUGGAGCAUCAUAUUCCAGCUGCUGAUAUUUGUAGCAGACUAUUAAUAUCAGCUUACGUUUCUUGAUUAACUUGUGCUUCAAAAUUACCUGUAGAACUAAUUAUUUCUAACCCAUUUCAAGUUUAUGAAUUUCAUCAGCUCUAUCUGUAAGUAAUUCUGACCAAAGUUUCAUGCAUAGAGUCCACCAUACAAUGAUGAUGUGGAAUUGUGGAUACAAUUCAUGUAAAGUGGAUUCUUCGCAUGAAUUAUGUUGCCACAUGAUUUUUUGGUCAAAUAUUUGAAUAUUAUUGCCGAUUUAAACAUUUACGUAUAAUUAUGGUAAUGUUUUGUUUCAUUGAGACUUGAGAGUUGAG